AUGGCCGCUUACACUACCUCGUCAUCCAGCAGUCAGGAAACUGGAAACCGUGUCAAUCCACUCGCGCCUGUCACCUACACUCCACAGAGCUCAUACGUGCCUUCUUCCUCCAAGAAGAAGCCUGUCCAUAAUCCCAGCCCCAACAGCCCGUACCGUCACCAUAGCAACACCAGCAACGCCAGCAACAUCAGCACAGUACUGGACGACACAACACAGCACCUAGUGCCGCCCAAUGGAUCGUCAGCUCAAUACCCCUUCACGCCCUUCCAGCAUCAGCAUUCAUCCCCAAAACCAGAGUACCAACAACAGCAAUACCAGCAACAAUACCAGGCGCAGUAUGGAUAUACCAGUGCAGCUGCAAGACGCUCCACGGAUCAGCUUUCAUCCGUGCACAACGGUUCUAUUUACGAGUCUGCAUCUCAGCGACAGCUCGCACAGCAGCCUGUCUACCAUCCAUCGAUGGCCAAGCUGUCGCAAGUCAACGAGGAUGAGGGACUUGAACCAAGGCAAUCCUUCCAAGCACCUAGUUUCAGGAACUACAACGAAUCCUAUAAUGAUAUGCAGCAUGAAGUCUCCAACCUGAAUAUUGCAUCGCCUCCUCGACCACGGCACCAUGAUAGCACCUCGAUAAAUCAGCAACCUCACACGAACCCCUACAACCCCCUGCAGGGCUCGCAACAAUAUCCGUCAUAUGAACAGCAACAAAGUCCGCACCCCUAUGCAGAAGGUCAUCCUUAUCCUCAACAAUCACCCACAUCCAGUUCUGUGAGUCAGCUCUAUCGGACAUCAACGGGAUCCUCAACAACCCACACCACAUGGAGUCAACCUUCGUCACCAGGGUUCCCACCCGCGUCCUAUUUGGGAGAAGGCAGUGAGGCCACUCAUCUUUCCGAAGCUGCGUUGCACUUGAUCGACUUUAAUCCCGGUAUUCUUUCGACGAUUGCGGUCGCGUUUCGCGAAAAGAUGCUGCAAAACGAGGCAAAGAGAGUCGAGUCCGCCAACUAUGGGCUUGAAUUCCCAGUGACAUUUACGGGCAAGGAGGCAGUGGACGUGGUCGUUGAACUAACAAAGCUGGACGACAGACGCCAUGCGUUGGCCAUUACGCGAUCAUUGGAGCAGCAGCUCUUAUUCUUUGGAGGUGGAGUCAACAUGCUCUUUGAUUCAAACAACGACCAGUACUUUUUCUCUGAGGCGACAUUGGCGUAUAUCCCAGGCAAGACAGAGUUCCCGACAGUGCCAGUUGGGGUGUUUCCGUACAGCAGCCCUUGUUACACUUACGACUGUCAGCCUGAUGGUGCCCCAUGUUACUCGUACCUUUGCCCGAACCGCCAGAAUAUUGCAGGCGUGCUGGGUCGGCAGAACAGCGACAUGUCGACAGUUAGUACGCAGGAAAAGGUCUGGGCCAAUUCUGUCCCAGCAAGUGUUGUUGCUGCUGCAUCCAAACAGGAGCGAAAUCGGCAGGAGGCCAUUUUCGAGGUCAUCCAAACCGAGCAUAAUUACGUCCGUGAUCUCGAGCUCAUGGAAGAGAUCUUCAUUGCCCCUCUUCGAACAGGAGACAUUGUCGACCCUGAAAAAAGAGAGCAGUUGAUCGAGGACAUCUUUCUCAACUACCGCGAGGUUCUCGAGCUGAACAAGAAGCUACUGGCAGAUCUGAGGGAGCGUCAGGAACAGCAGCCAUUAGUCGAAGCCAUCGGCGAUGUCCUUCUCGCACACGUCUCAGGAUUCGAGUCGGCAUAUGCGCGAUACGUCCCCCGGAUCUCGCUUUCUGAAUUCACCUACAAGAAGGAGGAGAGCCGAAAUCCAAAGUUUGCUCAGUUCUUGAAGGACUGCACCCGACACCCUGAGGCGCGACGUUUGAAUCUGCGACACUUUGUUGGUCAGCCUUAUCAGCGAAUCCCAAGGUACCCGCUCCUGCUACAUGAAGUGGUCAAGAGGACUGCCGAGGGCGUCUCGGAUCGCGAGAUUGUACAGGAGGUGAUCAACGUCUGCAAGGAGCUCGGAAAACACGUUGAUGCCUGCAUACCAGAGGCAAAUCGAAGACUCAGACUACUGACGAUCCAAGACAAGAUCAUUUGGAAGUCUGGGGAAGUGCGUCAGGACCUCAAGUUGUCUGAUAGAGAGAGAAAGCUGCACUUUGAGUGUGUUGUCAAGCGACGAUCCAAUCUGGACGUCCAGAUGAUCGAACUUCGACUUUUCCUCUUUGACCAGGUAUUACUGAUGACUAAGGAGAAACGCGACAAGACCGGAGAGAAAGACGACAUGCUGUAUCAGGUCUCCAAGAACCCUAUUCCAUUAGAACUCAUGCACGUUUGGGCGGAGGAGGGCAAGCCCAUGUCGAUUCUCAACGGACGAGAGCCGGCACCUGGAAGAAAGUUGACCAACAGCACAAAGUCAUCCGGUUCUGGACAUCGUCAUUCAACGUUCCUGUCUAACGAGGCCAGCUUGAAUCACCGCGUGGGCUUCCAAGAGACCAAGUACAUCGUACCUGUGACCAUUGAGCACCGUGGGCGACGAGGUGCUGUCUACACUCUUUACAUGACGCCUCAGGAUAGGGAGCAAUUUCUAGAGCAAGCGGAGAUUGCACAGGCACGUCGACAGGAGGCCGUUUCUGGAUCCAAGCUGUUCAAGACGACUGUUAUCACCCACUACAACGCCACGCCACCCAUCCCAUCCUCGAACCUAGUUCACAACCCCAUGGAUGGUCGACGGUCCACCUGCUCCGCGCCCUACCUCAAUGUUCUGGAUGGAAGGAGACGAGUGGUGAUCGGAACAGAAGAGGGAGUCUAUGUGGGCAUGGAGGACGACCCCUACAGUUUCAGGCUUGCGAUCAAAGAGCAGAACGUCAGCCAGGUCAGCGUUUUGGAGGCGUACCACAUCCUUUUGGUUCUGACGGGCAAGGUCCUUAAGGCGUUCAACCUCAGUUGUCUCGAUCCCAACUCUGAUAAGUCGCUCCAGAUCGGCCAGCAGCUCGGAAAGAGUGUUCAGUACUUUACAGCAGGCAUCUGUGCCGGCAAGACACUUGUCAUUACAAUGAAGCGCAGGAAUGCGGGCGAGAGCCACUUUUCUGCCUAUGAGCCGGUCGAGAAUGCAGUCUUGGGCGGACAUCAUCGCGGAGGAUUUAGUCUGUCGUUUGGAAAGUCUAGCAAGUCCGAGUGGUUCAAGCUUUACCAAGAAUUCUACGUCGGAACGGACUCGUCGCAGCUGCUGAUGCUUGCCAAGAUGGUCUGUGUAGUCUGUCCCAAAGGAUUCGAGAUUCUAAUGCUCGAUAAUCUUCGUAACACUCAAGUCUUCCCGUCGAGAAAGGACCCCAAUUUUGCGUUUUUGGAUCUGCGUCCCGGGAGUGUACCUAUCAGCAUGUUUAAGAUCAGCUCUGACGACUUUUUGAUGUGCUACACUGACUUUGCGUUUAGGAUGACCAAGAAGGGUGAGCUUGCUAAGCGCGAAUUGAUCGAGUGGGAAGGUCGCCCAGAGUCGUUUGCAGUCGCAUAUCCGUACGUGAUGGCGUUCGAGAAUGGAUUGAUCGAGAUUCGCCAUAUCGAAACCGGGGCAUUGGAGCAGAUCAUUCUCGGCGAUAACAUCCGUCGACUCUACUCGAAUGUUGACCUGAACGGUAAUACCGUCGUCCAGAUGGUCAUGUCAGAUCCCAACAAUGCCGAGAACCGACAAAUCGUCAAGCUGGUCAAGGCGCCCCCGCCUCCUAAGACGCUGCUGGAGCCCAUUGAUUAUAAGCCCAAGGCCGUCUAUGUGCCCCAGACAAAGCAUCAUCAGGCCUCACCGACACCGUCGCAUCUGAUGGCACCGGUGCUGCAGCCCGUUUUGUCUACGAACGGCGCUGGACCAGCAGUACUUACAACACAUACGCCCUCCAGCCCUACUACACAUUACCAGCAGCAGCAUCCCCCCCUGCAGCCUAUGCUAAAUGUUACACCGCAGUUCAAUCACCCGCUCCCACCGCCUCCGAUUCCUCAACGGCCCUUGCCUGGGCUGUCGCAUCCGCAUAUUGUGCCGGCAUAUCCUGUGCAUCCUUAUGCGCCCUCGCAGCAGCCUUAUCCUCAGGUCUUUGUUCCUCCAGACUUGGAUGUGGCAACUGGAACGACGGAUCAACAGCAGCACCAGCCGGGAGGAGGACAUGCCAUUUCAUGGAGCUCUGGCGGAUAUCCAUGA